AUUGUUGAACAGAGCUAAGACGCCAAUACAGGGACUGAGAUCUCUGCUGGAAAACACACGGUCGGAGUAUUUAAAGCAGUGAAGAGACGGGACAGUAACCUGGUGAGUCUUGAUAUUGAAGGAUCAUUUAUAUACCGAGACAAAUGGCUCAGAAAAUAGUUCUUUUUGAAAGAUACCUGAACUGUCACGUUUGUUCAGAGACGUUCAGAGAUCCUGUGUCUCUGAGCUGCAACCACAGCUUCUGUUCAAGCUGCCUGGAACUAUUCUGGAAACAAGCUGGAAACACAAACUGUCCCAUUUGUAAAAGGAAAUCCUCAAAAGAUAAUCCAUAUGUGAACUUUGUACUCAAGCAACUGGCUGACUCCUUUGCUGAGAGAUAUAAAACUGUAUCCUCUGAGACAGAAGAAGGAGAGAAGAAGGUGGAGGUGGUGUGUAGUAAACAUGGAGAAGAGACUCAACUGUUCUGUGAGGACGAGCAGAAAGCUGUGUGUCCUGUCUGUGAGUUUCAUCUCCACCAGAGUCACAAGGUGGUUCCUCUAGAACAAGCAGUCAGUGACCUGAAGGACCAGCUGAGAUCUGACUUGGAGUCUCUGCAGGACAAGAGGGACGAAUAUGAAGAAGUGGAGGAAACAUACCAGGAAGUGAUUCAACACUCCAAGGAGCAGCUGUUGUCCACAGAGAGGCAGAUCAGAGCAGAGUUCAACAAGCUCCACCAGUUCCUGAAAGAGGAAGAGGAGUUCAGACUGGCAGCUCUGAGGGAGGAAGAGGAGCAGAAGAGGAAGACCAUCAGCAGAGAGAUGGAGAUGAUUCAGGAGCAGAUCUCCUCUCUGUCAGACAGCAUCUCUGCUGUUGAAGAAGACCUGCAGAAACACAACGUGUCCUUCCUCAGCAGUUAUAAACACACUCAGACCAGAGCCAGAGUCCAGAGCUCACGGUCAGAUCCACAGCUGGUCUCAGGAGCGCUGAUAGAUGUGGCCAAACACCUGGGCAACCUGUCCUUCAGAGUCUGGGAGAAGAUGAAGGACAAGGUCCACUUCAGUCCUGUCAUUCUGGACCCAAACACUGCAGCCUACAGUCUCUAUCUGUCUGAUGAUCUGACCAGUGUGAGACGUGGAGUCACAAAGCAGAAACUUCCUGACAAUCCAAAGAGAUCCACUAAGUAUUCAGAUGUUCUGGGAUCUGAGGGCUUCAGCUCAGGGAAACACAGCUGGGAUGUGGAGGUGGGAGACCAUCCUGCCUGGUUGGUAGGUUUGGUUGAAGAGUCAGUUGACAGGAAGGAAGAGAUAUCUGCUUCUCCAGAAGAUGGAGUCUGGUGUUUAAUUCAUCUCAGUGGAGAAUACACUAAUGGAGCUGAUCAGACUCUCAGAGUGAAGAAGAGUCUCCAGAGGAUCAGAGUCCAGCUGGACUAUGACAGGGGGGAGGUGUCCUUCUACAACCCUGAAGACAUGACUCACAUCCACACUUACAGAGACACUUUCACUGAGGAACUCUUCCCGUGGUUCGCGAUUGGAAAUGCUGGUGAUGGUAAAACUGCUGAAAUCAAAAUCUGUCAACCUGAUAUUUCUCUGUGAUGUUCAGACAUGUUUGUGUUUAUUUAGACUUCACUGUGUGUCAACAUCUCAUUGAUAUAAUCAAUACAAUCAACAGUUAUAACAUAAACUGAUAUAUGUAAUACUCAAACUGUAUCACAUCAUCAGAUCAUAAACUUCCACACAGAAACAAAUGAUUAUUCAAUAAUAACUAAAUCAGCAUCUUGUUUCAUCAGAACUCAAUCUCACAUUUAGUGAAUCCACUAAACCAAAUACUUUGUUUCCAGUUGUGUUUCUUUAACUUUGAUCAUCAUCAGACAUCAGUUUUAAUCUAUAAGAUUUAUUUCUGUUGAUUUAUUCCAUUUUAAAUGUAAUAACUUCAGUGUUUUACACUUUACACUCAGAGUCUCAGAGGUUCAGAGAAUCAAAACACAUUCUGAAUCUUAUUAUUAUAUU